AGAAUGGAGGGCUCCACAGCUGACGGCGUGUCGGCGCCUUUACCUGGACGAUGUGCUUUUUAUGUAGUAAAAAAGAAACGAUACUGCAAGAUGAUAGUUGGGAGUGGGAAAACCUUCUGCGGAGAGCAUGCAAAUGCUAGUGAUGAGAGCGAGAGAAAACGGAUACCCUGUCCUUUGGACCCCAAACACACUGUAUUUGAAGAUAAUUUGACUAAACACCUGAAGAAAUGUAACUCCAAGGAGAAACCAAAACCUAUUUAUUACGUAAAGGAUAUCAAUGCUGGGUGUGCAAGUGAAGAUGAAACCGUUAAAGAGAUAUCCAUUGCUGAUCGAACCAAAGAGGAACUGGAUGAGUUGAUGAAACUCAAAAAUGCAUUGCAAGGACUAAAUACCAAGCUCAUUGAAAACACACUUUCACAUUCUGCUCUACACGAGUCUCUAAAUGAUCCUAAGAAUGGAGACUCUGCCUUUAAACACCUCAAACAACAGGCUUCUAUCCUUGGAAACAUGGAGGCUUUGGAACUGCUCAGCCCAAACAGAUGCUACAUAGAGUUUGGUGCUGGGAAAGGAAAACUGUCCCACUGGAUUCACGUCGCUCUUAAAUCAGCUGAAAAUGAAUUUUUACUUGUGGAAAGGUCCAGUACUCGCUUUAAGGUAGACGGCAAGCACAAUGCAGACUCCACUUUUGACAGGCUUCAAGUGGAUAUUCAGCACCUAGAUCUGCGGAAAGUUCCUCUUCUGAGAGAAAAAGGACUUCCCGUUAUUGGUGUUGGGAAGCACCUCUGUGGUGCAGCCACUGAUCUGGCUCUUCGGUGUUUAUUUGAGUACAACUGCACCAGCAAAGACGAUGAACCUCCAAUCAAGCGUGUAAAACUUAAUCAGGCAGAGGGUGCUGGUGGUGAAGAUAUGAAGCCUGUUCCAUUAACUGAAGGCAGGGAAACAGAUAAAGAGAUUGUAGUGUCAGGACUGGCCAUUGCGUUGUGCUCACAUCGGUGCGACUGGAGACAUUAUGUGGGAAAAGAGUUCUUUAGGGAACGAGGACUUGGACCUGAAGAGUUUGCAGCCUUUCAGCGCAUGUCGAGCUGGGCCACUUGUGGCAUGAGAAAAGCAACAGAAACAACAAGUGAACAGCAAAGAGACGAAGAGGAAGAACAUGAGAUGAGCGAUGAAGCUGUACCAGAUACCCUCAAUGGAUUUAUGUCAGUUGAAGAUCGGGAACAGAUCGGACGGCUUUGUAAACGUCUAAUUGAUCAUGGCCGAGUGCAUUACCUCCAGCAGAAAGGCUUUAAAACAAGCAUGAAAUACUACACCAGCAGAGACGUAUCAUUGGAGAAUGUGUUACUAACGGCAAUUCCCCCAAAAAGUCUAAUCUAAAUCGCUUUCCUAAAGCAAACAAGCAGAGGACACAUAUGCUUC